UCGAAAUUAUGGAUAUCCAGGGCUCCUUCAAUACAAUGGCAUCUGAGUCAAAUACUGCUGGGGCAAUGCGCCAGACCUCUGAAGUUUCUCUUCAAGCUUGCAAGGCGUGCAGUCAGCAGAAGAAACGAUGCGACAGAGCCUUGCCUGUAUGCGGGUCAUGUGUAAAGAAAGUUCGCAAAUGCUACUAUCCAGUGCCGGAGGUCCAAUCGGACGAGGCUCUAGUCAACUCUUUAUAUCGAAGAAUCGACCAACUAGAAUCUGCUAUCUGCCGAAAGAGUACUCUCCCGAGACCUCCGGACUACGGUGCCAAGUAUCCAAUCCCAAAACAAUGGUAUUUCUCAACUCUGCUCUCCUACAGAGACGCUGUAUUACGCCCUCUGGUACAGCAGUAUCCCAACUCGAUUGCCACUAUGUUGCAAACUACGUGGAUGCAGGCGGCAUGGUCGGAUCCUUGUUUGUUCCAUGCGACACUUUAUUCAACUUCGGCUCAUAUGGAUAUAACCCACGACACACCUGAAAAUCCUGUGACCACGUACCACAAAACUGAGACCCUCCGAUUAAUUAGGGAGGCUAUCGCGAAUAGUGACCAUAGUAGUCUUCCAACCAGCGUUGUUGCAGCGACAUUACAUCUGUUGUACUUUGCGAAAUUGAAGGGAGAAUUUAACGAAGGGACAUCCCACGAGUCCGGGAUUGAGGCACUUUUACGAUACAAAGGAAUGGGAGAGCCGCAACCGGAUAAUAUCAUUGGAUAUUUUCUUAUAAUACAACAAGUAUGGAACGCUCUUGUUCUUCGGGUUAAAACAGUGUUCCCCGUACCUCGCGUUGGCUCCAACCAUCGCAUUGGGAAUUAUUCCUCUUUACUCUCAAACGCCGCCGAAAGACAAAUGGAAAGACCUCCCAGACUGAGACUUCCAGAAUCGGCCCUAGAGCUCGUUCGUGAAUUUGCCAAAUAUUCCACGAUGAGCGUGAUAGAUUCUACUUCUACAUGGUCUAACUUCAUUGCCAGCCCUGCUUAUCAGCAGUGUUCUACCACAGCAGAUAGUAAACAAAGCCAAGUUGAAAAAUGCUGUGUCUUGGCUGGAAUUAUAUAUUUAAGAGCUUUGCUAAAUGUAGGGAGUUCAACGGACCUGAAUAGCGACCCAGAAACACAAAAGUAUGUUCUCAGUUUGAAGGACGAAAUCACAAAUUGCGACGAGUCCUUUUGGUAUAGGUGCGGCCCUGAGGUCUUUCGAUGGGUUCUUAUGACUGGGGCCGCUGCAGGAAGUUCGUUAUCGCAACGAGCCUGGUUUAUUGCACGCAUGUGUCCUUUCUGCGCUGUGAUGGUGCCGCAAGAAGUAGAUGAUUUUUUGGCGGGAGCUGACCACCUUGUCUGGCUGUUCAACCACAAAUAUCCGAGAUAAUGUAUUCUAAAUUUCAUUGUCCCUCUGUAUUCCAAUACUGAAG